AAAGUGAUUUGCAUACGACAGGCACGCAGUUCAUGCUUUUGAAUUUGGCGAAGUUUUUGAUUUGCAACUUGAACAUAGGGCUUAAAUGAUGAUUUGAGAGACGUGCAUUGAUAUGACGUGUGUACAUAGUUAGCAGACUUUAAUAUAUGUGUCCUUUGCACCAUUGCCUUGACAUGUUCUAAGUGUCACGAGUGUGUUACAGGCACAAUGGAAGAUGAACUUGCAGAGGGAAAGAUUGAGAACUUUGAAGGAAGCACAAUUACUUUGAAUUUGGAAGAUGCCACUCAGCUGAUUCUCCAGCAGCAGGGGCUACAAGCAGGAACCUUACCCCCAGGGACCUACCAAAUCCUGACCCAGGAGGGAAUUCAGCUAUCAGACAAUUCUCUGACAAUAACAGAAGAGGGCCUGGCUCAGAUACUGGGUGUGGAAAGAUCUGAAGACCUCGGUGAGCAGCCUACAUCAGAUGAUGUUGGGGAGGUGACUGGAACAGACGUUCUACACGCUACGUCAAGUAAUGUAGACAUCGAAUCAGGGGAAGUAACUCAGGCCUCAGAAGGAGGUUUACUCUCGGAGAAUGGAUCAACUAUUACAAAAAGUGGGAGUCGUACUGAGGAAAACACAACAGAAACCGAGACAUUGACAGAAACAGACAAAGAAGCUGUUGAACAAGGGGCAUUGAAUGUAAUUUCCUGGGAAACAAAGGAUUUCACAUCUGCCGAGAAAUCUCGGGAUCUUUCAUCAGAAUCUCAGGAAAAUACUGUGAAAUCUGAAGUUCAAAAUGAAGGUACAGAACACUCAUCCUCGGAACCCAAUGUUUCCUCUACAACCUCUGAACCCAAUGUCAAUCCUUCUAUACCGCCAAUCAAAGAUGUGCAUGUCAUCAUAGAACAAGAAGCCCCGCCCACUCCGAUCAUGACCACAACUGGCACGCCCCUUGACCUUUCCAAACCUAUUGAAGUGACCAAUGAGACCAUAGUUAUUAUCGAUGGAAAGAAAUGUGUUUUGUCAGCCAAUCCCGACACGGGCCAGCUCUGUGCCUACCCAGUGCUGCCCUCUGAAGGGAAACGAAAGCGUGGAAGACCCCCAAAUUCUGCUCGCAGAAACAAUGGCCCUGGCCCCUCUGCAAAGAAAUCCAAAAAGCGAGAUCCAGUGCUACUGGAGAAUUACAUAGAGCAGACCAAUGCUGCUGAGGGUCUGUUAGAAUUGUCCAAUACAGGGCCUGAUGGAGUCCGAAGAAGUGGGAGAAACAGAAAAAAGGCCAAGUUGUUGGAUGAUUAUGAGGUUACGGAGCCAACUAGUGAUGGAGACGAUGAACAAAACAAGGAAGAAGUGGAGGAGGAGGAGGGGGACAAUGAUUUCUCUCUGCCUGGAAUUAGGAGGGUCAAGGCCGAGUCUAAUGAGGUCAGCCCAGUCACCCUGACGAUGGCCAUGACCCCAAAAAACCUUUCUUCCACAGGAGCAGUAAAGAGAGGAAGAGGUCGACCAAGAAGAUACCCUCCACCCGGGCAGUCGAAUCUCCCCACACAAAUCCCUGCUGUCAUCAUCCCAGGGGCAAAUGGACCCACGAUAAUGAUGGCUCCUGUACAGGGAAUUUCAAACAUGAAUGCCCUGGCAGAGCAGAUUAAGUGCUUGCCUUCACUCUCCACAAAGGUUGUGUCACCAGUGGCUCCAAAAUCAGCUUCCAGUGCUCCAGUGCCAGUCAGCUUGAUUUGUAAAGGGCCACAAGGUACAACAGAGAUAGCUCUCAAUGUCUCAGGCACCGCUACAUUACCGACCUCCACAGCAGAACAGAUCUCCUCCAAUCUAGAGAUCAGCGGUCCAUCCGGCAAUGUGGAGCCAAAUCUGUCCACCAGUUCCUCUCUCGCGCUGUCUGACAUGGUCAGAUCUCGGGCGGCAUCGAACGCAGAUACCCUGUCUGUCAGUCAGUCUGUGUCGGACAACAUUCCUACUGAAACCCUGCCCACCAUAACUAUGGAGUCGGAAGACCUGGAUAAUAAAGAACAAAUUUCUCUGUCGAUGUCAGGGACAGAAGAUGAAAAUUUGGAUUUGGCGGAGUCCCCUGAUGCCCCAGAUGAGAUGAAUGAUUUAAAGGAAGACGAGAACAAGGAAGAGCCGUCAUCAGAUGGUUUGCCUAAAGUCAGCAUGCUGAAGCCUUCGGGUGAUACAGAUCAACAGACAAUCAUUCGAAUUCCGGAAAAUCUGCUCCCUCUGUUUCUACCCAAGAAGGACCCAGUCAAGUUGGGUUUGAAGUUAAAAUUUAAUGACCAGGAACUACAGAACAUGAAAUGUCCCAAAUGUGACUUCCAGGCCUAUUAUCCUCAACAGUACCAGAGUCACAUUGCCACCCAUCCCGAGGAAAUCCAAAAGUGCAAGUGUUGCAAUUUUGUGUCCUUCGAUCCAGAGAAUCUUCUAGCACAUUUCAAGGAAAACCACCCAAGAUGCAUCUGUAAUGUAUGUAACUUUAUGGCAGAGCAUGCCUAUAUCAUAAAACGUCACAUGAUGAGGCACAACAUGGAGGGCUGCACAUGCCACAUGUGUGGUAAAGUUUACAAGGACCAGUACAUCCUGAAAAUGCAUGUCAAAAUGGUGCACAUGCCUGCAGAAGUUCUGUUUGAGUGCACUGUGUGUUCCAAGAAAUUCACGCGCAAGGCCCAUUUGAAGCGCCAUCUACGAAUCCAUGAGCCGGAGAAACCUUAUAAAUGUCCUCACUGCGAUUAUAGGGGUUGUGAAAAAUCAGAUAUAUCAAAGCACAUUCUGAUCCACGAGGAACCUAAGCAUGUCUGUGAGGUGUGUGGCAAGGCGUUCAGACAUAUCAAAAACAAAGAGCUCCACCUGAAAAGACACAACGGUCAAAAGGACUACAAAUGUGGAGUCUGCGAGUUUUAUGGCUAUACAUUCACUGACAUCAGGAAACACAUUGAGAGAAAGCAUUCGGAUGUCAAGACUCAUGUCUGUGAGAAGUGUGGGUCCAUCUUCAAGUCGGACGCCCUACUUAAAGAACACAACAGAAGCGGGUGUGAGAUAUUCAUGAUAGAACAGGCUCUGGCCAUCGCCACGUCAACAGGAGGAACAAGUCAAGCCACCAUUCAAAUUCCCUCCAAUUCUCUGUCAGUAGACAACGAAUUCAUUUCCAAACCGACUAAUCCAGAUUCUGUCGACAUCACAGUUGAACAAGUGACUCUGGGAGAAGGUAUCACACUGACUGAGGAACACCUUCAGGCCGGCCUGAGAGACGGGACACUCAGUCUGCCAAACUCCCAUGUUAUAGAGACAGGGUCACUCGAUGGAGGUCAGGUUGAGGUCAUAUCGCAUGGUCACAUCAUUGAGGAGAGUCAGGUGAUCGAGUCAGGUGAUGGAGUCAUGUCUGAGGAGGAAGAGGAGGAGGAGCCUGAGGAAGAUGUGGAGGAGGAGGGAAUGAUUGCCAUGGAGCACCUGUCAGAUUCGGUGGUGGAGGAGGAGCUGUCAGUCGGGGAGGGGCUUAAUAUGCAAAUGACAGAAUGAUUGCCAUGAAAAGAUUGUGGUUUAUUAAGGUCUGAAAUAAAAAAAAGUCUCUGUAGGAGAGAGACUUAAAGCCCUAAGUUUAUAUGCCCCUGACUAAAGGAUUACUAUGGAGCAUCAGUCAGAAUAUUUAGUAAGGGCCAUCCAUGAAGGAGUGGCUUAAUAUGCAAAUAACUUUAGGAGCACCAUAGUGUAUCAAGGAUAUAACAUGCUAUUAUACAAGAUGGGUUUUUGUUGAGGUGGAGCUUGACAUGUGAAUCACUGGGUCAAGGAUAUUGGACACUAAUAGAAUAGUACUCACAAGAUUAAACAUCACAUGGUUAGAUUCACAUUUUAUUUUUAUUUUUUUUGAUUUGCUAUCAAAUUCUUCCCAGUUAAAAAGGCAGCAACACCUGAGCGAUAUCUGGUCUAGUAUUGUGAUAGAUGACUAGAUUCAGAAGACACUACAGAGCUGUAGACCCGGGGGUGGAAGAGCUGUAGACAGAGGGGCAGAAGAGCUGUAGACAGAGGGACAGUCCUGCAGUAGUGCGAGGCUCCUGUAAGGCUUAAGCUACAAUAUCUCUGGAGUGGCCAGCUGAAAAGCUGCAUUGUAGGGAUGAAGAAAACUGAAUCAGAAGUUAAGGUUAGGGGAUGAUAUUGAUCCCAACAGUGAUCUGGAAAUAAGAGCACCUAACAAUAGAAGCAAUUAAUUUUGCUAUUUGUUGAAAUUAGGAAUUGAACUGAUGACUUAGCAUGCAUCAUCAGCAUGUAAACUUAAUCUUCAGACCUAAUUUGUAGUACUCGUUUUUGUGAUACUUGUUUUCAUUAUGAGCCUGUGAUAUGCCAUUAGAAUUAUUGUUUACAAUUACGUAAUGAAAAUGCUCAGGAUAACAUGAUAUACGUCACUGCACAACAUCCUUAAAGACAUGUGAAUUAUUUUCUACAGAGAAUGAGAGAUAUUUGAAUAAAUAUGUGAGAAAA